GAUAUUCGGUAAUAUUACGUCCAAAGCAAAUAGGUGAAUAAUCGUUUUCCUUUAAAUAAAAAUAUAAUGUAUAUACGAAUUUACCAAAGAAAAUAUCAUUUGGUUGAAAUAACAACAAAGUUCACUUGUGCACUGGCAUUAAUUUAUAUAUGCCUGCCGCAUCGUUUUGCCUCGCACUAUAAUUACCUCAGCUUAAAACAGAUUGAAAAUGCUCUGGUGUCGCAAGUCACGCACAAUAUUACACUUCAACAUCUAGACGAAUGCAGUUACGGCGACAUCCUUGCAGAAAAUCGUUAUAUGUAUAGAGCACAAUAUCGUGAAGAGAUAUUGAGAAGUGAAGAAAUAUUAUCGGGUGGGGAAUACUAUCCGGAGAAGUGCCGAGCACGCUUCAGUACAGCGAUUAUAGUGCCUUAUAGGCAACGUGAGGAACAGCUCCAUUCCUUCCUUAUUUAUAUGCAUAACUAUUUAAGACAUCAGCGUAUACAUUAUCGCAUCUUUUUGAUAGAACAAUAUGAUCAGAAGCCAUUCAAUAGAGCGAAGCUUUUCAACAUUGGUUCUAAUAUAGCUGCUGAAUACGGUUUUCCCUGUUUGAUAUUUAGCGAUGUGGAUUUAUUGCCAUUGAAUUUAGGUAGUCUAUACGUCUGUACUCAAUUACCACGUCAUAUGUGCUCUGCAUUGGACAUGUGGCGUUUUAAUUUGCCUUAUACUGGUUUAUUUGGUGGCGUGGUGUCUAUACGUACCGAACAGUUCCGCGUAGUAAAUGGUAUGUCCAAUUUGUAUGAAGGUUGGGGUGGUGAAGAUGACGAUUUCUACGAACGUUUGCAAGCGCGAAACAUAGAUAUAUGUCGUUUUUCUCCAGAGCUUAGCGAGUUCACCAUGCUACGACACAAGCCAGAAGAGAAAAAUGAAAAUCGUGUAGCCUUACUGCGUGCGGGCGUUUUGCGUCACAAAAUGGACGGUCUCAAUUCUUUAAUGUAUGACGAAAAAGAAAGGCGCAUCCAUAGUUUGUUUACACAUAUAUUAGCUGAGACAUAAACUUGGAUUGGAACGAAAUUUAAAGAGCAAAUGACCAUCUAGUCUGUUUUUUAUUAUGUUAUUGUCGCUACGUUGAUUUAAUGGCUUGGAGUAUAUCAAUAGCAAUGUAUUUUUUCUAAGCACGCUUUUGGUAAUAACUGCCCUAAAUUUUAUGUAUAUUCGAGUUGAAAAAUCAAAUGAGCGUUCAGUUUUUUUCUAUUUGAUUUAGUGUUAUUAGAUAUAUAUCAAAUGAAGUGAAGACUUUUUAAAUUGUUUUAGAUUUGAAAAGUGAUAUCGGUUACGAUCUGUCUAAGGUUCAAAAUCAGGGUAAUCGAAACGAAAAACUAAUAAAAAUUUUUAAAAUAAGAUUUAAUUUUUAAUAAAGAACUUAACUAUUAACGCCUGGGACAAGAUAGAUGUAACACUAGAUUUACCCAGCACAGCAAAAACAUAUAUCAAAUCUUUUUCUGGGACACGCCCACUUUGGCAUUUCUAGAUGUGGUAUAUCUAUUUUUUAUUGAAAACCGCGGAAUUUGAAAUUCAAGCAAGUUUUGGCGCUCCGAACUGUGUAGAGAGCAUAGAUUCGUCUAAAGAACUACUAACAGCUGAACGUCUUAUAUGUUUCCUAUGGAUAACUACUUUCGAUUUCGAGCAAUUCUACGCAGUAUUUGUUUGCAUCUAUUAUUUGGUUUGAUGUACUCAAUAACGAUUUUUUUAUUUUUCUCAUUGAUGAAACUAUUAAAAGAAAGAUUUUCUAAAAGGUUUCUGUAACUUGUUUCACGAAUGCAUUACAGUUCUUGUUUAAGGAUUAUUUUGGUUUGGCUUGAUAGUGUAAUGACCCCCUCAUUCCACAAGAUAAGGCUCAAAAUAACAUUUUUUUGAUCUCAGAACCUCAUUUACCCCUUUCUAGAAGAUGCAGAAAAUGCAAACUCUGAACCAUAACUUUGAUAAGCAUUGAGUUUACCCUCAUGGAAAGGGGAAAUAUAACUUUGUUGGAGCUGUGCUCAAAAGGUGGUAAGAAAGAAACAGCAUCUUCAAAGCAAAUCAAUGCAGACAGCUUAUUCCAAGAUAUAUUAACAGAUAAGCAGAAAAACCUUAUAGUAAUGUGUAAGUGAAUAAAAUGAUAUCGGAAGAGACCACGCGGAUACUAUCAAGGAUCCAUGAGACCUGCAAGGCGUUAUUUGGAAUUUUAAUCACCUUAAGCUUACUACCGUCAAUAGGCAAGAAGACACUUAAAAUUAUAAUAUUUGUCUCAUAGUUAUCAUUGAGGUAAACGAAGUUCAUUGCAAACCUACUAUUUUCAUUGUUCACAUCUGUUCACAAGAGGCCCGAGAUUCAAAUUUUUAUAUGAAUAGUGUGUAAAUGAACUGCUGUGUUUAUUUUUAUUUAAUUACUUUGCAAUACCAACCUACAAAUAUAUAUUUUGCAGCAUAUCAUGCAUAAUUAUGCGGAUGUGCUGCUUAGUACUAGUACUUAAUAUGUCAGAAGAUGUACUGAAAGCAUUUUAUGCUGUUCUUCGUAAAUGAUGGUAUUUCAAAGAGAAAAUUCCAAUAGCUUUUACUAAAUGGAGUUCGUCUCUAAGCUGUUUACUAAAAGUGUUUAAUUAAUUAAAAAAAGACCCUUUACUACCUUUUACAGUCAGUUUGUACAAAUUUUUGAAUACAAUUUAAAAUGCAUAAUUAUGUAACUAAGGUGAAUACAUAAAAUAAUACAUUAUAUUGUGAUUAUUGUUGUGUUAUUCUAUAAUUUAACUACUUUAAUUAAAAUUCAUAAACAUUUUUAUUUUGAAAAUUUUUUGUUUUAAAAUUUCACUUAAUUUU